GAACUGGGAUUCCCUCCAACACAGAAGAUGUCUUACUGCCCACCCCAGGAUUGUUAUCCCGAUAUAUGCCCACGUCCAUGUAUUGACGUCCGCAACGAGCCGUGUAUCUCAUCAUGCGGAGAUUCGACUGCAGUGGUCUAUGCGCCACCAGUUGUUGUGAGAUUCCCGGGACCAACUAUGGCUACAUGUCCUCAAGACAGCUUCGUAGGAACCUCCUUACCAAAUUUGCCAAUUAGACCUGGGGGCUCAUAUGGUAACAGUGUUGUUGGUUCUGGUGGAGGAUUCGGAGGCUCAACUGGUUAUGGGGGAAUUUAUGGAGGUGGAGUCGGGAGUGGUUAUGGGGGUGGUUACGGGGCUGGAGUCGGGGGUGGUUAUGGGUGUGGGUAUGGGGGUGGAGUCGGGGGUGGUUAUGGGGGUGGAGCCGGGGCUGGUUAUGGGGGUUGUUAUGGAGGCUCAUAUGGUUCUGGAGGUUCACGUGGUUAUAGCAAGAACUCAUAUCGUAGCAUUUCUGGGGGAGGAUCUUCUGGAGUCAAGAGUGGAAAACCAGAAGAACGAUCCAAGGAAUGAGAAACAAUCAGGAAAUGACAAGAUAGAGAUUCACCACUGAUCUAAUGGACAAUGAUGCCUACAACUCGACUUGCAGACUGUGGGUGUUCAUCACCUCUAUAAAACAGGCCUAUCUGUGUCUUCCACUUGGUACAUAUUAUUGUAGCUUUAUGAUCUAAAGGUUUUCCCGCUUAGUCUUAUGCUUUGUGCUAUUUGACAUUGAACUGGCUAAAACAAGUCACUUGGUUGAAAAAGGGACAUGAUUUUCAAACUCAACAGCUUCAAGGCAGAAAGCAGAUGAUCUUGUGUGAAAAGCCUGACUUUGGAGCGGGUG